ACUCCCCGGCCGGCCUCGAUACAGUCUCCUCUUCACCCGCCAACAAAGCCGCCGCCCAUCUUCCCACAGACCCUGAAGAGGCUUAGCAACGCACGACCCGACGACGCCGGCCUGCUUCCAACCUGCAGACCGCAGAGACCGAAUCCCGGCACCGCUGGCUCGAUACACUCGGCUCCGAUGCCGCCGUUGGUUGCAGGAAGAACUGCAGCUGUAAUCUAUCCUUGGAUGAAGCGAGUGCAUUCCAAAAGUCCAAGUCGUCUAUUCAUAUUCCUCUGGGACCGCGAUUUUUAUUCUGACUUUUGCCAAAAGCGGCAAUUUGAAGUCAGUCAAAAUAGCCAACGGACGGGUCAAAUAAGCGUUUUUGCUUUCAUGCGAUGUAAAGUAAUUCUCUACCUCCAACAAAUGGUUACAUGUCGGUUUCGAAUAGCUCUCCAAUGGAUUGACAAUAGGUCUGCUCUCAAUAAUGUGAAGCGAAAGCUUAAUUUCUGCAUUAAAUGUCAAAGGAUCCACAUUGCCCUCGAUCCCGGUUGCAAGUUCGACAUCGCCUUAUCAACUCACCAGCAACGACAGCGAGGUUCGAGACCUGGACCACACUAUAUUAGCUCAAUUGUCUUGCCGGAUAUGCAUGACUUUGGAAGCAAAGCGAGUCGCUUUCGACUCGCAACUUCACGUGGGAAAAUGAUAGGCAACCAUUACAUUCUGUACAACUUUAAUCAUUUUGAGGCUAUCAGGAGCCUGAUGUUUGUUGUGAUGUACCAGUUUCCCAGUGGGCAAAAUUGCUGGCAGCUCACUAUUAAACUUGUCUGA